AUGAUAAAUUAUUUUGAUUUUAGCGAUUAUAUUCGAAAGGUACAAGAAUUGCCUUUUGUUGAUGUAAAGAUCCAUUAAAUACUUAGAAUACUAGCUAAAUGCUCCAUAUAACUUUUUUAUCGUUUUAGGCAGGAGCUUCUAGCAGCGAUCCAAAAGUCUUAAAAAAAUCAUUUUAUCUUAUUAACUAAAUUCAUUCAGCAUACUAGUUUUAAAACAUUAAUCUAUAAGAAUUGUAAAUAAUAUAUAAUGAUUACAUAAAUGGAAAAUUGAAGAUUGAUAAUGAAGUACCUGAUGCAGCCUUAUAAAAUUCCUCAAAUUCUCAAUUAUCUAGCAUAUCAGGUCUCUUAAAUAAAAACUAAAGAUCGGCUGUCUUAUCAGAACCAGAAAGUCAAAAUUAAAUGAAAGCAAACGAAAACUCAAAAAUAGAGUUCAAAUAAGAUAUUUCAUCAAAAUAGAAUAUUUAAGGGAACUUAGCUCAGAAUGAAAACACAGAUAAAUUUAUAAAUUAAAUUUAACAAUCGAAUGCCUAGAUGUUAGAAAAAAAUGGGAAUAAAGAAGCAACUGAUUCUAGUAUUUAGAAUGAUUAUCAGAAAGUUGAAGUUUCGAUACCCUAAAUAAAGGAAAUUUAUUAUCUAGCAAUUGAUUAUUCAAAACUGAAAAAAAAAUAGUAAUAUCAAGAAUAUAGAGAUAAAGAAAGUUAGAAAUCAUAGAUAUUUUCAUAAAUAAAUUAACAAAGCUAAAUCUAAUAAAGCACUUAAUGUAGUAUUUGUUUAGAAAAUGUUUAAUAAGACAAGUAUGCUCUUACAGCAUGUUAGCAUAUAUAUCAUAAAUAGUGUUUAGCUAAUUUAAUAGAGGCAUCAUAUGAAUUUCCUUUUAAAUGCCCAAACUUAUAAUGCAGGGAAGAAAUAUUGAGGGAUGAUUUAGAAAGUAUAGUCUCAAAUCAAGUUAUGGACAGAAUAGAAAAAAUUGCUUUCAAUUAAUACUUAUUGCAAAACCCAAACGUUUUUUAAUGUCCAACUGAAAACUGUAAAGGUAUUUAUGAAAUCGAAGGACCUAUCCAAGUGUGCAUGAUAUGCUAGAAUUUAUUUUGUACUAGAUGUAGGAGGUUAUAUCAUGAAGGAGUAUGUGGUGAAUAGAGCUUUAUCAAUGCAGCUUAAGAAGCAAGAUAUAGAUAAUGUUCUUAAUGUUAAAGGUGGAUCGAGAAGACCGCUGGAUGCAAUCAUAUCACUUGCAAAUGUGGGUUUUAGUUUUGUUAUCUUUGUGGCGCUGUAUGGGUAAGAGGAAGGGAUUGUGAGUGCAGAAAUAGACCAUAAUAAUAAAAUGACAUUAAUGCUUAACAAAUACCGCAUGAUUUAAACGAGAUUUAACAAUUUGUCAAUCAACCCCCUCAACGUUAAAGUAAUUCUUAGAAAGUUGAUAAGGUUCUAAAUAAAUUGGGUUUAAGUUUUGUAAAAAAAAUAUUUAGAAAAUGGUGAUACAUAUAAAUACA